CUCCUCACGGCAUUCCACAGCUGACGGACUACGAGGGAUGAGACGAGAGAGGGAUGCUAAGGAAAUGUUUCCCUUCAGCGCGGAAAACGGGAUACAGUGAAACUCAGCAGUCAGCAGAAUGCGACUGAAAUAUCGCGGGCGAAGACUGUCAACCAGGUAAUGCGGUAGUUAGAAUAAAACAGAGCUGAGUUUCAAUGAAACAUCGAUGUUUUGGUUACCGUUAAUUGACACGUCGCUUUAGCCGCGCAGCUGAUGGCCCUCAAACAGACGAGCGCAAAUAAUUCACCUCACUAAAAUAAACACGGCUAUCAAUGAGCGCCUUCUCUGGGACAGUUUUCACACUUCCCCGUCAGAGGUUCAGCAGCUUUUAGGUGUAAUGUCUCAGUGAAUGUAUCUGGAGCUGCUAAACAACAUUUAACAGCUGGUUCGUCUUGUGAUUAUGGUGAUGCCAGUAGAUGGACAGAUAUCAUCGCAACGGUUACAGUAGCUAAAAUGGCACAUUUUAGGAUUGUAAUCUGUUGAACUAGAAAGUAAACAUCUGUUAUCUGCAUCAAUAUAUAUUGAAGACGGACUCCACUCCUGACCUUCAGACCACAUCACACCUGUCAGCAAUGUUGGGUUAAUAAUCUCAGAAGUCUUCAAUCUUUGAGAGUUUCUCUGGAAGACCAGGUUUUAGUGUUGUUGGACUGCUGAAGAGGCUUUCAUCGAGAUGUUCACCGCUCUGAAGAAGCUGGUGGGCUCUGAAGCAGGGCAGCUCAGGGAUAGAAAUAUCCCAGCAGGCCUGCAGUCCAUGAACCAGAGUCUACAGAGGCGUUUCGCCAAGGGCGUACAAUAUAACAUGAAAAUAGUCAUCCGUGGGGACAGAAACACGGGUAAAAGUGCACUUUGGCACCGACUUCAAGGGAAGAAGUUUCUGGAAGAGUACAUCCCUACACAGGAGAUCCAGGUCACCAGCAUUCACUGGAACUACAAAACAACAGACGAUGUAGUGAAAGUUGAAGUCUGGGAUGUGGUAGAUAAAGCAGGGAAAGGGAAAAGACGCGGAGAGAAUCUGAAAUUGGAAAAUGAACCUCAGGAGUCUGAAGCCGAGGUGGCUCUCGACGCAGAGUUCCUGGAUGUUUAUAAGAACUGUAACGGCGUGAUCAUGAUGUUCGACAUCACCAAACAGUGGACGUUCAACUACAUCCUUAGGGAAUUGCCGAAAGUGCCGACACACAUCCCAGUGUGUGUCCUGGGUAACCAGCGGGACAUGGGCGAGCACCGGGUCAUCUUACCCGACGACAUCAGAGACUUCAUCAACAGUCUUAACAGACCUCCAGGCUCCUCCUACAUCCACUAUGCUGAGUCCUCCAUGAAAAACGGCUUUGGUCUCAAAUACCUCCAUCGCUUCUUCAACAUCCCGUUCCUGCAGCUGCAGAGGGAGACUCUGUUACGGCAACUGGAGACAAAUCAGCUUGACAUCGAUGCCACGUUAGAAGAGCUCAGUGUCCAGCAGGAGACUGAGGACCAGAACUAUGACAUAUUUCUUGAGAUGAUGGAGUCACGCAAAGCUUAUGGCUCUCCGGCUCCCUCUAAUGGCCAGAGCCCAUCCUCGGGCUCCCAGUCCCCUGUGGUGCUGCCCGGUGCUGCCUCUCCCAGUAACUCCAGCCCCAGUACCCCACAGGUCCCUGUCCCGCUCCAGACCCAAUCUGCCCCUCCACCACCUCCAUCUAUACCACACCCUCCCGCCCAGACCACAGCCACCCAUGUACCCCAGACGCCAUCACAAACACUGGAGCCUUCGCCCACAGCACCGGUGCCCACACCUGCCCAACCCGCACCUCCUCCUGCCCAGAAACGAGGCUUCAUCUCACGCCUGUUCAGAUCAUCCACUGCAGAGCCAUCACCGGACAAACCUGAAACUGCAGGUUCUGAAGACCCAAAGUCCUCUGGAAAUGUGCAGUGUGUGGAUGACUUUGUGCCGGAGGUGGGCCUGGACCGGACCUUUCUGGAAGAUGGUGGAACAGCAGCCGUUAAAUCAAAGAAAAAACCUCCAGCAUCAGCUCCCAUCCUGGACAGUGAUAGUGAUGGAGAGGGACGGGGAAAUCCUCUGGUCUCCGGCUUCCAGGAUGAUUUAGAUCCGGAUGACAGAGUGCCGUCCCAUCCUGCUGUUAAAGCGGCGGUGCCGAGCAUAGGCGUCACACUCACGAGUGAUGAUGAGGAGGAAGAUUCAUCUCUGCCCUCAGCUGCCCAGCACAAAGGCAUCGGCUCGGGGUCAAACUCAAAGGGAUCUACAGUGAACUCUGUCAAACAGCUGCAAACCAAGCCAAAGCCAGCAGAGAGACCCCAAAGCCUGAAGACCCCCGCAGGACCUGCAGUGCAGCAACAAGGCCUGAAGACAGGAGGCGCUGUCGAGGCCAACUCCGAUUCAGACCAAGAGUCUCCAGUUGCUCAUCAGAUCAUUUCACUUGUCAUGGACGACCCUGAAUUUGAGAGCGAAGAGCUUGACGUACCUAAUAUCAAGAAGGGCACUUUUUCUGCACGAGAUGACUUAUCUGACCGGUCAGAUGAUGGGUUUGUGCUAGCUGGACUCCCAGAGCCCCCCAAACCUGUUGCCCCCUCAUUUAAGACCCUCAACAGCAACAUUGACCUGUUCGGCCUAGGAUUUGAAGAGAUGACACAUAAUAGUAAAGACAGCAGUGAAGACCAGGAAGAUAAUGAAAGCAGACACUCCACAAAGGACAAGAAAAAGAAGAAAAAGAAAAGCAAAGAGGAGGAUGAGAGAAGCAGCAAGAAACGAAACAAACACAAGAAAAAGGAAAAAGAUGAGGUGGGAACAGGAGACGAGAAAGAAAAGAAGAAGAAGAAAUCAUCAAGGACCAAGAAAGCAGGAACCGUGGAUGCUCUUGAGGCCUUCCUGACGGGUGGAGACGGACCAGGAAACAGUGAGGGCGGAAACUAUGAAGAACUCUAACCAAUCAGGGUUUGACAUCGCCAGCUCAUUUUCAAGUCCAUUCUGCUUGUUUUUCAGUGCCUAACCUUUCAGAUUUUCACAGUGUUUUUGUUCUUCCAGCAUUGCAGCUUUAUAAAUUGGUAUGUUGGCACCAUUUGUCACAUCAUGACGCUUUCUAAAGUGUAUCAGAAUUUUCAGACCUGUAAUUUUUAGAUGCGUUUUCUCAGAAAAAUUCUGAUAUUAACUGAUACAAACUCACUUUGCCGUUCCAUGAGCAGGUCAUUUUAGCUUUAUUGGUUUUGUUCGUCUUUGUCAGUGUAUCUAUGUGUCCCUGGAAGUUUUUGGCAAGAACUAAUUUCUGUGUCAUGCAUUCAAAGAACUGUUUGCAUUUAAUUGAAUAUUUCCACUCACGUCUGUAAACCAUUCUUGCAUAAAUUGUCCUGUGCAAUUAUAUUCAACAAUGAAUGGUUUUCAUGAAUGGUUUGCACACAAUUUAAUUCUGCAUGUGCUUCAUGAAUGAGACCUUUUUCAAACCUUUAAAAAUAAGCAGUCGUAACUAAUUUAAUACCAUAAGCCUCUUUCGCCAUCAGUUUCUUUCCAUUAAUGCCUUGUAUUGUUUAACACUUAACACUAAUAAAAUGAAUGCCUUUAUAGAGCAAUCCUAAAACAUAAAUUAGUGACCGAGGCUCUGAUAGAUUGCUUACAUUAACAGAAUUACUGUGAGCUGGAGACACACCACUGCAGCAACUGCAAUCACGUUUGCAAUUAGAUAUAAGAUUAAUUAGGACAAAGUCAGAUUGUUUUUUUUUGUUUUGUUUUUUUGACAACUUCUGCAGUUAGUAUAAUUAGGAUCUAAAAAUGUGUUUCGUAAUCAUAGUAGUUAUUUCUUGUUCCAAAUUCUUCUCUCAUUGUCUGUUUGCCGUGUCCUGUCUGUUAAAUGUUACGUCUGUUAUUUUUGUCAUGGCUUGUGUACUUGUAGAUCUAGUGUUUUAGAUGCACUCCAGAUCAUUUCAGUGAUGGACAACCAGGAACAUCGUCUCUGGUCCUGUGAUGAUGAGGCACUUUGAAUGUCCUUUAUGUUAUGGCAAACUCAUUUAGAGGUGGCUCGUGCAUAAAAAUGUGUGAAUUUCAUAAUUUUGAGUGACAGCCCUGUGUAAAUUACUAAAUGCAACUAAACAGAGCUGAGCUAAAAGUGAUCAAAAUAAUGAGUUCUGCGUGAUUUGGUGACCCAAGGGGGGAAAAAGUGUUUUAGUGAAAGAUCUAAAAGAAAAAGAAAAAACUAUGUAAAUUUGUAAAAUAUUGAGCACACAAAGUGGAAGUAAAAUCAUAGUUUGAAUGCACACAUUUAUACUUUGUAAUAUCAUCAUAAAUUGGAUAAUAUAAAUGAUCCAUUAAUAUUUUGAAGUUUAGAAAAAUGAUUGUUUACUCGUCAUUCCUAAUGGGCAUCAUUCAUGAAUCCAGAUCAGAAUCGUUUUAAUCAGUGGUUAAAUCAAAUUAAAGUGAAAUGACCAUUUACUCUACACAAACGAUUCAUUCUCAUCGUGUUUCAUGAAUCAAUCCCAGUGUUUACUUCAAUGCCCCCUUUUUAUGCUUUUAAUUAAUCAAAUAUUGAUAAAUGAUUACCAAAUAAUUCCAUGCAAUCUUACUUCAGUUGUUCCAUCAUAUGGAAUGUGUAAUAACUAUUUCUGUACAGUUUUACCAGUGAUUCAUUUUGCUUCCAUUUCAUGAAUGAAUCCCAGAGUUUACUUGCACUGCCCCUUUAUGCUUUUUUAAUUAGCAUUUAUCGUGUAUUGAUAAAUGAUUAGGCCUACUAAAUAAUUGCAGGUGUUUGUAUUUCAAUUGCUGGAUCACAUUGAAUGUGAGAACAGAUUUACCAGUGAUUCAUUUCAAUUGUGUUUCAUGAAUGAAUUCCAUUGUUUACUUGCAAUGCCCAUUUUUUUCUCUUAUCAUCAUAUAUUGAUAAACAACCAAAUAAUUUCAGGCGGGAAUCUAUUAUUCUAAUGAGCCAGAAUGUUGUGGAAUCUGAUUGGUUUCAUCUUAAGUGGAAGAAUGACAUCACCCAUAUAGUUGUGCACCUCAGACAAAAUGACAAUGUACUUUCUUUUGUUUUCCAUUUGACAGUACUAUGAACAUUCACCUUGGCAUCAACCUUUGAACUUCCAGCUUUUUUGGUCCAAAAAUUGUCCAUCCCUUUUGUAAACUAUCCCACUAUGGCUUACCCUCACGAUACGCCCUCAACCUGUUGAAACUGGAUUUUGAUUUCUGCCGGUAAAGAUGUUUUCUCAGAAUCCCACAAGGAGUUCAAGGUCAUCCUUGGGGUGAAUAGCCGGUAACUAAAGGUACGUUUAAAGACGUGCAGAUUCCUGUCUGUCUCGUGCAGCAAUCAUCUGCAUAUCUUAUGUGCAAAUUGGCUCCACACGCGCCUGAGAGCAUGUGAUGCAUCACACUGUCACCAUGGAAGCACACGCCUGGGAAAACUGUCUCUACAUGCUCACUGUGAUAAACAGUCCCACUGUCCUGGAUUUACGAGCAUACUGUUAAUACUCUAACCCCAAACCAGCCUAAGGGCAGAAGUGCGCACCUCGAACACAUAUCAACUUCCUUUUUACUCUGCCCUCUAGUGUGAUUGAGCCUGAAGGGUCCUUGAUUUAUUUAUCUAUUUGUUUGGCAUGCAUAUUUUUUCCGAACCACAUGAGAAAAGGAGAUGGGAAAUUAGCUCUUGCUGGCUUUUGGACUGCAUGCAAUUAUUAGCAUAUUUCCUGUGUAAUGUUUCACAACUACUGCUUUCAUGGACCAAAAAUGUUUGAGAACACUAGUUUUAUACCGUAUAUUGGUUUUAUUUUAUUCAUAAAGCAUAUAUGCAUUCCAAAGCCUUUGUUUGGAAUGGCUGUGUUUGCCUAUUUAUUGUUUUUGCUAUACCCGGUUUUAUUACCCAAUGUA